UGUUCACCUCCGUCUUCCGCAAAGACACAUAAGUACUUGGGAGUACAUAAAACUGAAUAUACAGGAUGAUCCAGCCCGAAUUCUCAUAACGCCGGAACCUGUUUCUCAUAGCCCAUUCAUCGAAAUUAGCAACCCAGUCAUCGAAUCUUCGUUGAUCUUGAAACCCGACCUCUCACCCAUCCACCAAUCCACCAUCUCAACUCACCUCUCCUGGGGAACCGCCAUGGCUCCGUCAGCGGGUUCUAACCCGCCCAAGCUGCCGGUCGCCCCUGAUGUUGACCAAAUCUUCAACCGAAUCGCUCUGGGAAUGGCCAAGCACCAGCGCAUCUUUGACACGCUGGCGAAGCACCGAACACCCUCAUCACCGUCCACAGCCACAGCCACAGCCACAGCCACAGGAACAACCCCGGGCCCAGGAGGCGGUUUCUCCUCCCUCACCAACCCCAAGUCAAAUAAAUCCCAACUCACCAGCAGCAGCAGAAGUGGCAAUGCCAGUAACAGCGCGACAACAAGAUCACCUAAAAUCGACGACGACGCAGACCUGAACCCGGCCUACGCACUGCCCCCUAACGCAGGGAUAGGGUAUACUCCGCCUUCUGCUUCGGCGGCAGCAGGAGCAGGAGGGAACAAAUCCCUGGCUUCUUCUUCUGCGGACCGUGCGCUCAGGACAAAAAUCCUCGGGCGCAACGCCGCGCGGCAGCUUGCUGAACGGGACAGGCUUGCUGCUGCUGCUGCUGGUGGUAGUGGUAGUGGUGGUAAUCGGAAGAGAGAAAGGGGCGGGCAUGCGAGUGAUAGUGAGGAGGAGGUCGGUCGUGCGGCGCUUGUGAGGACAAAGGCCAAGGCCAAGGUCAAGGUCAAGGUCAAGGGUGCUACUGCUGGUAACGGUCCCAGUGAGGGUGCGGGUGCGGGUGAUGGUGACAAAGGGGGGAAGAAUGGGGAGGUUGUCUCUGGGCCUGUGGUGGUUGUUGAGGAAGGUCGGAGGGGGAGUCAGGGUCGAAGUAGAAGUGAAGACAAGCAGGAGGAGGAAGAGACGGAGCGGAAAAGGGCCCGUCUUGGGAGUUCAAGCUCCCCUCCUCCCACACCGGGGGCGGGUUCCAUUGAAGCCGCCGCAUCCGGACAAGGUGCACCGACGGAUGGUGAAGAUGGUGUUGGCAAGGGUGAUAUAUUUGAGGAGGUUGAUGGGGGUGGGAGUAAGACGGGAGAAGUAGCGGAGGAGCGAGUGAUCACUGACGAGAGGAAGAAGAAAAAGAAGAGCAAGAAGAACAAGAAGAAGAGCAAGAAUGAAAAUGGAGAGGGUGCGAUGAAUGUUAAAGCUGCAGAGUAGCACAUAUAUCCUUUCAAUAGAGACCUGGCAGCCGCCUGGCGCAUGUCUCAAGAGACUCGUCUCACGGCGCCGUAUU